GCCGCCUCAGAACCAGCGAACUGACCUGCCCUCUAGGCUCUGCCCUCGCGAGUGCCUUGGAGAGCUGCGUCUGGCAGUGGUCCCUUUUGGGGAGACCCCGCCUGCCGGACAGUCCCGCGCAGUCUCCCCCGGCAGCUGGGGCCAAAGAUCAGCAAAAGACGCAGCUCUUACCGCCGCAGCCUCCCUUUCUAGGAGCUACACAUCCCGUUAGGGCCGAGUACGACGACGGUGACUUGGGGAGAAGGCUAGAGAACCACUUGGCACUAUGACCACAGACCAGCGAAAAAGGGCGCGCGGACGCAGCUGGAGCCCACUCUUCCCCCUUAGGCUGACCCUGGCCCGUCAGCAGCCCCCUCCCCGACAAAGGCAGCUGCGCUGUUCGUGUACACUCACUCGCCACCCCACUCCUAGCAGUCGGCACAGAGCAGGGCUAGCCGGCGGCGGCGUGUCUUCACAGGCCAGAAUCAACACCAGCUGAGCGCAGCGCAGGUUGCGGAAGCCUUAGGAGCCGAAUGUGCUGCCCGAGGAUUGGCUGCAGGCAACGCCAAUCCCGCGUUCCUCGGGGGAAGGCGGGACUAAGGGCCGCCCUCCGGAGAUCCGCCCCACGGCGCUCUGUUGUGGGGAGUUGAGGUUUCCAGAGGGCGGGCUUGGCUGUGCUCAGGACGAAACGCGGCCCGGUUGCCUCGAGUGGAUGGUAAUUUUCCGCCUUGUGGGACGAGAAGGUACAGCUGCUGUCCUUAACUGACUUCCAUACUGGUCAUCAGCACUCUUUCAGGAGUGGUCCAUUUCUCUCAGCAAAUAUGGGAGACUGACCCUCCUGACAUUCUCAAACAUUUCAUCUGUGAUUUGUAAGCCUGACCUUAACCCUUCCCUUCAAAAGAGCUACUCUGCCAAAAGCCAGAAUGAAACAGUUGUCUGCGGCUACUGUUCGCCUCCUUUCAAGUUCUCAGAUAAUCACCUCAGUGGUCAGUGUUGUAAAGGAGCUCAUUGAAAACUCCUUGGAUGCUGGUGCCACAAGCAUAGAUGUUAAACUGGAGAACUAUGGAUUUGAUAAAAUUGAGGUGCGGGACAAUGGUGAGGGUAUCAAGGCUGUUGAUGCACCUGUAAUGGCAGUGAAGUACUAUACUUCAAAAAUAAAUAGUCAUGAAGAUCUCCAAAAUUUGACAACUUAUGGUUUUCGUGGAGAGGCCUUGGGGUCAAUUUGUUGUGUAGCUGAGGUUUUAAUUACAACAAGGACAGCUGCUGAUAAUUUUAGUACUCAAUAUAUUCUAGAUAACAGUGGCCACAUAAUUUCUCAAAAACCUUCACAUCUUGGUCAAGGUACAACAGUAACUGCUUUAAGAUUAUUUAAGAAUCUACCAGUAAGAAAGCAGUUUUACUCAACUUCUAAAAAAUGUAAAGAUGAAAUAAAAAAGGUCCAAGAUCUCCUCAUAAGCUAUGGAAUUCUUAAACCUGACUUAAGGAUUGUUUUUGUGCAUAACAAGGCAGUUAUUUGGCAGAAAAGCAGAGUAUCAGAUCACAAGAUGGCUCUCUUGUCAGUUUUGGGAACUGCCAUUAUGGGCAAUAUGGAACCUUUUCAGUACCACUCUGAAGAAUCUCAGAUUUAUCUAAGUGGAUUUCUUCCAAAACAUGAUGCAGACCACUCUUUCACAAGCCUUUCAACUCCAGAAAGGAGUUUUAUCUUUAUAAACAGCCGACCAAUACAUCAGAAAGACAUGUUAAAGUUAAUCCGGCAUCACUAUAAUCUGAAGUGCCUAAAGGAACCUACCCGUUUGUAUCCCAUUUUCUUUAUAAAAAUUGAUGUGCCUACAUCUGAUGUGGAUGUAAAUUUAACACCGGAUAAAAGUCAAGUAUUAUUACAAAAUAAGGAAUCUGUUUUAAUUGCUCUUGAAAAUCUGAUGACAGCUUCUUAUGGACCACUACCUAGUACAAAUUCUUGUGAAAAUAAUAAAACAGAUGUUUCCUCAGCUGACAUGGUUGUUAAUAACACAGCACAAACAGAUGUGCUUGUUAAUAAAACAGAAUCAUCUGCAAAUAAUUAUCCAAAUGUUGAUAUUUCAGCCAUUUCUUUCCAAAAUGAUGUGCACAAUAAUGAAUCUGGAGAAAAUACUAAUUGUUGUUUAAAUCAUCAGAUAUAUGUUAAUGAUCAUUGUGUUGGUCAUUUUAGCGGUGAAAAUUCUAGCAUUGAUAAGGACACGAGAAAUAAGUUUCAAGAAAUCCCAAUGAAUAAUUUAUCAUGUGAGGACACCCGGAGUAAAAAUAGUGAAGCUUGUUUUGUAGUUUCUGUUAAGCAAACCCAAUCAGAAAAUGGCAAUAAAGGCCAUAAAGAUGGGAAUGGAGAAAAUGAAGAAGAAGCAGUGCCUGAGAAGUCUUCAGAAAUUUAUGCAGAUGACUGGAGCAAGGGAAAUGCCCUUAAAAAUUCCAUGGGAAAGAACAUUGAACCUGUGAAAAUUUUAGUACCACAAGAUAGUUUAACAUGUAAAGUAAGUGAUAAUAAUAAUCAUCUAAUCCCUGAACAAAAGAAUGUCAGUGAAGAUUCCUGUAACAAAAGGUCAAACGUGGUAGAUAGUAAAUCUGGACAGCUUACAGCUUAUGAUUUAAUUAGCAAUCGAGUAAUCAAGAAACCCAUGUCAGCAAGUGCCCUUUUUGUUCAAGAUUAUCGUACUCAAUUUCUCACAGAAAAUUCUAAGAACAGUUUGGAGGAUGCAGCAGUACAGAUAGAAGAACUGUGGAAGACAUUGAGUGAAGAGGAAAAACUGAAAUAUGAAGAGAAAGCUACUAAAGAUUUGGAGCGAUAUAACAGGCAAAUCAAGAAAGCUGUUGAACAGGAGUCACAAAUAUCAUUAAAAGAUGAUGGAAGAAGGACCAAAACCAUCCAUACAUGGAAUUUGGCACAGAAGCAUAAGCUUGAAAAUUCAGUAUCUCAUCAGCCAAAACUUGAUGAGCUCUUUCAGUCCCAAAUUGAAAAAAAAAAGACCCAAAAUAUUAAAAUGGUACAGAUCCCCUUCUAUGAAAAGUUAAAAAUAAAUUUUGAAAAGUAUAAGAAAUUUGACUUAGAAGAGAAGGAUGAACUUUGCUUGAUCUAUAAUCUCAAGUUUCCUGAUGCAUGGCUGAUUACAUCUGAAAAAGAAAUAAUGUUAUUAAAUCCAUAUAGAGUGGAAGAAGCCCUGCUAUUUAAAAGACUUCUGGAAAAUCAUAAACUUCCUGCAGAACCACUGGAAAAGCCAAUUAUAUUAACAGAGAGUCUUUUUAGUGGAUCUCAUUAUUUAGAGGUUUUGUAUAAAAUGACCACAGAUGACCAAAGCUACAGUGGGUCAACUUACCUGUCUGAUCCUCGCCUUACAGCAAAUGGCUUCAAGAUAAAAUUGAUACCAGGAGUUUCCAUUGCUGAAAACCACUUGGAAAUAGAAGAAAUGGCUAAUUGUCUCCCAUUCUAUGGAGUAACGGAUUUAAAAGAAAUUCUCAAUGCUAUAGUAAACAGAAAUGCAAAGGAAGUUUAUGAAUGUAGACCUCGCAAAGUGAUAAGUUAUUUAGAGGGAGAAGCAGUACGUUUAUCUAGACAGCUACCCAUGCACUUAUCAAAAGAGGACAUCCAAGAUAUUAUCUACAGAAUGAAGCACCAGUUUGGAAAUGAAAUUAAAGGGUGUGUUCAUGGUCGCCCAUUUUUGCAUCAUUUAACCCAUCUUCCAGAAACUACAUAAUCAUGUUAAAGAAAAUUAGUUACUGUCAGAAUUGGUUCAGUCAUUAAAAAAUUUGCAUCUGUUUUUAAACCUU